UUUUGGAGCACUGCUAAUAUACAGCUCUGUGAUCAACACUGCUUGCUAAAGUUCUGACGUGUCACGAUACAGAAAGAAUGGAUUAAACAAAAUGACAUUUAAAUUGGGUCAGAGAGUUAUAUAAUAAACAAUCAUCUUUACUUCUUUCACUUGUCUCUUCUGAUUGAAAUAGAUGUAUUCAUUAAAAGCUUGUUGGUCCACUGAAACUGAAUAGCUGACUGUAUCUUCAACAAGAGAAAAAGAAAAUAGCUGUCUGCUCGUAAUGCUUUGUUUAUGUGUGAUGAGCAAACAUCUUUUGUUACAGAUUGUGCUGAUUAUUCCUGAAAGUUUACAACAUUUACUGAUGAUAUUAAACGCACCAGUUUUCAUUCAAAUACCAUCAACUGAAAGCGGAACAUUAUAACUCUGCACAUCCACCGUCGGAACUUAACAGUGUGACAUCCAGCGGAAGUAAACAAACACUACAGCUGUUAGCAGCGUUAGCUCUGUGCACGUGACGUUAUUGAAUGAAGUGAAGACGGUAUUGUAGCGGUGACACAGUUAAUUAUUUCAUUUGUAAUUAAGCAACAAUGUCUUCAGUUGAGUGUUUGAGAGAGUUUGUCAACGAGCGACUAAAUGCUGCUGCUGAAGAAAUAUUUGGAGUUUUUCAAAAAACUAUCGUCGAGUACGAAGAAGAGAUCUCUCGUCAGCGCAAACUGCUGGAUAUCGUUUGGAAACCUGAAAUAAAGUUACACAGGAUAGAUCUCCAACAGCAACAUGUCUGUAAGGAGGAAGAGGAGGAGGUUCUCACUGACAGUGAACCAGAACCUGAAAGUGACUACAAUGAACCAGAACCUGAAAGUGACCACAGUGAACCAGAACCUGAAAGUGACCACCAGCUGCUGUUGAACAACUUUUAUGCAGCUGAGAGCCAAGAUCAGAAAGGAUACAAGCAUGAAGACUCUACUAGAGAUGUAGAGUCAGAACAAAACAAUCAACAAUAUGAAAACAAAAGUCACAGUAACAUUGUCUACAAACCUAACUUGUCAGGGGCUGACAGUAAUAUUCACAAACAGUCUUUUAAAUGUAACACUUGUGGAAAGGAUUAUAAGUAUAAGUCAUGUCUUCUGAGACACAUGAGAAUACACACAGGUGAGAAGCCGUACCUUUGCAACACCUGUGGGAAAACAUUCAGUGACGUGUCAGCAUUGAAAAAGCAUCAGAGAAGACACACAGGUGAGAAGCCGUACCUUUGCAAAACAUGUGGGAAAAGAUUUUGUACCAGUGACUCAUUGAAAAUACAUCAAAGAGUUCACACAAGUGAAAAGCCGUAUACUUGCACAACAUGUGGGAAAGCUUUCACACAGGGAUAUCAUUUGACACUACACAGACGCAUCCACUCAUGUGAGAAGCCGUAUGUUUGCACAACAUGUGGGAAAGCUUUCACACAGGGACAUAGAUUGAAAGUACACAGACGGAUCCACACAGGUGAGAGGCCGUACUUUUGCAACACCUGUGGGAAAAGAUUCAGUACACAUGGCUCACUGAAAAUGCAUGAGAGAAUCCACACAGGUGAGAAGCCGUAUGUUUGCACAACAUGUGGGAAAGCUUUCACACAGGGACAUAGAUUGAAAGUACACAGACGGAUACACACAGGUGAGAAGCCGUACCUUUGCAAAACCUGUGGGAAAACAUUCAGUGACGUGUCAGCAUUGAAAAAGCAUCAGAGAAUUCACACAGGUGAGAAGCCGUACCUUUGCAAAACCUGUGGGAAAACAUUCAGUGACGUGUCAACAUUGAAAAAGCAUCAGAGAAUUCACACAGGUGAGAAGCCAUAUGUUUGUACAACAUGUGGGAAAGCUUUCACACAGGGAUAUCAUUUGAAAGUACACAGACACAUCCACACAGGUGAGAAGCCGUAUGUUUGUGCAACGUGUGGGAAAGCUUUCAGACAGGGAUAUCAUUUGAAAGUACACAGACGCAUCCACACAGGUGAGAAGCGUACACUGCAACACAUGUUUGAGAAAACAUUGCUACAGGAUCUGAUUGAAAAAGCAUCGUGA